AAGAUUUGAAGGAGGCAGCCUGGGCAGACCCAGUCGGGCGGGUCCCGGGGCAGGCUGGUUCCAAGCAUUCCCAGCCUCCGGGAAAGCUGCUUGGGAAAAGGCCAAUGGGACUACCUCCCGGCGGGGUGGGUCUGGUCGUGGGUAUUGAGGGUCUGUGACUCAGGCCUCAAGGCAUGAAGCAAAGAGCGACGAAACAUACUUCGCAUCUGACGUUGCUACGUGGCUACGCUUAAGCUGUAGCUUAACCAACAUCCGCUGGGCAGAUGUGCGCCUCGCACACAGCUCGCCUCCCUUCCUGGGAUUUCUGCGCAGGUGGCAGCUGCCCCAGAAAGCCUUCCUAGAGACUCACCGCUCUGCCUUCCCUUGGGUCGCUGGUGCGUGCGAUGCUGGGAGGACAAGCUUGCACUCGUCUCAGAGGGAGAUGACUUGAGCAGCCCCCGUCUAUCUCCACAACCAUGUCCAUGAACACUUCCAAACAGCCAGUGUCUCCCGCAGCUGGGCUCCUUUCCAAUACAACGUGCCAGACGGGCAACCGGCUCUCUGUCUUUUUCUCCAUAAUCUUCAUGACGGUGGGGAUCUUAUCAAACAGCCUCGCCAUUGCCAUACUCAUGAAGGCCUAUCAGAGAUUCAGGCAGAAGUCCAAGGCGUCCUUUCUGCUCUUGGCUAGUGGCCUGGUAAUCACAGACUUCUUUGGCCACCUUGUCAACGGGACGAUAGCCGUGUUCGUUUAUGCCUCCGACAAAGACUGGAUCCGCUUCGACCAGUCAAACAUCCUGUGCAGUAUUUUUGGCAUCUCCAUGGUGUUUUCUGGCCUGUGCCCCCUUUUCCUGGGCAGCGCGAUGGCCAUCGAGAGGUGCAUCGGAGUCACCAAACCGAUAUUCCAUUCUACAAAAAUCACGUCCAAGCACGUGAAAGUGAUGCUGGCCGGGGUGUGCUUGUUUGCUGUUUUCGUGGCUUUGCUGCCCAUCCUCGGGCACCGAGACUAUCAGAUUCAAGCCUCGAGGACCUGGUGUUUCUACAAAACAGAACAUAUCCAAGACUGGGAAGAUAGGUUUUACCUUCUCCUCUUUUCUUUCCUGGGGCUCUUAGCCCUCGGGGUUUCCUUCGUGUGCAAUGCCGUCACAGGAGUUACCCUCUUAAGAGUGAAGUUUAGAAGUCAGCAGCACAGACAAGGCAGGUCUCACCAUUUCGAAAUGAUCAUCCAGCUCCUGGCUAUCAUGUGCGUCUCCUGCGUCUGCUGGAGCCCGUUUCUGCUGACAAUGGCCAACAUUGGAAUAAAUGGAAAUCAUUCCAUGGAGACCUGUGAAACAACACUCUUUGCUCUUCGAAUGGCAACGUGGAAUCAAAUUUUAGAUCCGUGGGUGUACAUUCUUCUACGGAAGGCAGUCCUUAAGAAUCUCUACAAGCUUGCCCGCCGCUGCUGUGGAGUGCAUGUCAUCAGCUUACAUAUGUGGGAACUUAGCUCCAUUAAAAAUUCCUUAAAGGUUGCUGCGAUUUCUGAGUCACCAGUUGCAGAAAAAGUAAAUCAGCAAUCACCUCGUUUAAUAGGACAGCAAGUCAGCAUAGGUAUGGGACAAAAUUAAGAAAAGUUUUGGCAAUAUUUUAAUUAUUUGGAUAACUAUUUAAAGCCUAACUGGAAUAUUCAGGCUUCAGCAAAUAGUUUGGGGGGCACUUUGGUCAGAUUCAGUGUUUGAAAUUUGUGAAAUUAACUGUUUAAUUGCACCUUUUCACUUGUUUUGCCAAUUGCAGAUAAACAUGAUGAAAUAAUGCCAUGGAAGGCAAGUUGAAAACAAUUUUAUUUUCUGCUUUUGGGAUGAGUGACUCUGUUGAGUCCUAAAGCAUUCACUUGGCCUAUUUGCCAAAGAGCAUCUUAAAACUACCACCACCAUGAAAUGGCUAUUUGGGGUCCCUACUCCGUAGCUGUUCCUUAUAGACUAGGCUUUAUGAAAUGAAGCGCUCUCACAUUUUGAUCUGGCCUCAUCCUGUAGCCUCAGCCAAUAUAGGUAUGGUCAUGCCACGUGGGAAUCAUUGUGGCUUAUUAUAAUGACCUCAAUAGACACCAGGUGUGGCUGUCAGUUUGCCUGAUCUUGUGAACCUGUUAGAAUGAGCCUAUCUUUGUCAUAUUUGUCACAAAUGUGACUGCUUGCAUUGGUUAUUAUGAAGGUGAGUGGUUUCUUGGAAAGUUGUAGAUUUGCCUAGUUUACAAAUAAUCCCCCUUUCCUCUGAAAAUUCUAGUGCAAAGAAAUAAUUUUUAGAGAAACAAAGGCUCUAUCUUAGCAAAUAUGGAGGCGAUUUGCAUUAUCACAAUUCCUGAGAAGCUCUGCCAUUGAUCAUGCAAACAGAACUUCAACUAAGUGAUAGGUGCAAAGAAGCUUGGCACAGGCACUUUACUUUGAGUCGUCAUUUCUUUGAGAAACACAAUCUAUAUGUAAAUAUGCAAAGACUAUCUAUAGGUAAUGUGUUUUUGCUUUCCAUGUGUACACACACACACACACACACACCCCAAAGGACAUAAAAAUUUCUGUUAAAAACAGCUUCAUUAAAUCUGUAAGACAGAAUCUUCUAAAGCCGGAGCUACCAGUGUUAAAGGGAGGACUGGCAACAAGCCAGACAUUUGGAGAUUAUUAUAAUGGUUAACCAAGAGAUCAAGGGGUAUUAAACUUUCCCCAAAUUUCUCAUGAAUACUUUAGACUUUUUUUUCACUUGUUUGUAUAACUCAACCCAUGGAGUUUUAGUAAUCAUUCAAAAUGUCCUGGGUCCAUCAGAGCAUAAGCAGGUAGUUCUGCUUUAUAACGGAACUGUAAAAGAAUUCAUUGUUUUCAUUAACUGGGGUAUGUUUUAAAAUUAAUGUUUCCUGUGAGACUGAUUUCAAAUUCUCCAGGAAAUUUGUGCAGUUCAACUAGACUCAAAUUAUAUUCACAGGUUUUUGCUUUUGAUUGGUAAUGUACAUUGGAAGUUAUUGUCUACUUUUGUGAAUUUUGGAAAAUUCUCAUUAAUAAGUUAAAAUAAAUUAAGCAAAUAGUUUACUGAAGACUUAAAGGCAAGCAUUUUUUUUUUUCAGUGAACUUAAAGGCAAACAUAUAUAUACACACUGACACAUAUAUUCUCAAUUUAAGACCAGUAAAUAAUUAAUCAUACAAAUUUAGUUUUUUCUCAUUUAUAGAGCACAUAGUAUAUGCUCAAUAAAUACUUGCCUAAUUAAAUCACAAGAAUUCUUGGUAUAAAAUAAGCCUGGAAUUGCAAAGAUUUUGUACAUUUUUAAUUUAAAUUGAUAAUUACAUGUUUACUGUGAGAUAUAUAUGCAUAUAUUUGUGUAUGUAUAUAUAUUUAUAUAUCCAGUGUAUAUGCUCUUAAAAAGCCAUUGCAAUUUAUGAUUGCUG